GUCUUGGUGUUGUGUAGUUACACUAAGUUAUGUGUUUUCGAGGCAUAUUUGAUUAGUUUUUUUUUUUGUCAAAUGAUCCAUUAGUUCCAGUGGGGAGUGUGUGUGUGUGUGUGUGUGUGUGCGUGCGUGUGUGUUAGUUGUUUUGUAUCUUAGCGCUUCCCAUCUUCUCUAGCUACUUUAUAUCACCUACAACCUAGGAUCAUAACAUCCUCUUGCUAUUCUUGUCGCAAUCCUCUUUCCUCACACCGGGGUGGCUUUCCUGUUAGGCUCUCUCCACUGUUUCAGAAAAAAAGAAGCAAACGGCUUUUAAAACAUGUUGUCCUCCUGCUCUUCACAAAAGCGUUUUGUUCCAUUAAUCUGUCUUCCACUGCAUUUUUGCCCCACUUAUUAGAUAACACACAGAUACGAAUCAUUUUCAUGAAUGAGAGGGCUGUUAAUGGAUGCUUUCAAGUGAAGAGAAUAGUGACUUAUGAACAGUGUGUGUGUGUGUGUGUGUGUGUGCGUGUGUGUGCGUGCGUGUGUGUGCGUGCGUGUGUGUGUGUGUGUGUGUAUGUGGGUGGGUGUUGCAGGGAGCUUGUGUGUAUGUGUGGGGGGAAUCUUCUAAUAUUUUCUAGACCGUUGUUUCUCCUCAUGUUCGCUUUAGCUACAUCUUGUUUACACGAGUGUUAAACAGCAACUAGGUUUCCUCUAAACAUAACGUCUCUCGGUCCCACUACCCCUCCUCUCCAAAUGCAAUAUGUAGCGCUCCGUCCAGCGGGGGAGAGAGGAAAUCUCAGAGGCUGAUCCAGUGAGAUAAUUGUACCGAUCAAGACUUACUGAAAGACUCAUGAAAAGAGAGAUAACUUGGAAUGGUGGACUAUUAUUAGCCUAUAGUAAUAUGAGAAAGUGACUUUGAUCUGUGAUUUGGCGAUGCGCGUUUGUGCGUUCGACGUUAACGGAUUUUGAGACUGCAGGACAGCUGUACUGUUGUUGAUCAUCUUUCAACUUCUGAGUCUGUUUAACUGAGUGGGAAUGUAAUUCGGUAUUUGUGAUAUCAUUGAGAAAUAGUCUAAUAUUUAUUUCACCUUUCAUCAAUGAUGAUCGGAGUUGCGCUCUUCACUUUUGCCGUCCUCACUGACGCUCGUUCCGCUCCGAUACCGAACCCGUAUGCACAUGGAGUGGACUGGUUGAUACGUUAUGGCUACUUGCCACCUUCAGACUCUCCGCUGGGGCGUCUCCAUACGAAGGAAGCUGUUGAGAGGGCUAUAUGUGAGAUGCAAAGCUUUGCUGGGAUCAAGGAGACUGGCAGACUGGAUGGUGCCACUCUGACUCUAAUGUCAGUCCCGCGCUGUUCCCUCCCGGACAUCCUCGGAUCUGAGUUCCAUCUAAAGAAUGGGAGGAAGAGGAGGGAAACGAGAGAGAUGAGAUACAAUCUCUCAGGGCUGAACUGGAAUAAGACACAUAUCACCUGGAGUGUGGAGAGGUUUCCCUCUGCCUCUGUGUCUCCCGAUCUGCAGCCAGCCCUGGUAGAACUCAUCCUCACUCAUGCUCUUAGAGUAUGGAGUGAUACCACGCCCCUCCUCUUCAGCUUGCUCCGCCCCUCCACUUAUGCCCUGCCCAAGAACGCAGACAUUAAAGUAAGCUUCACCAGCAGGUACCAUGACGAUGGCUAUCCCUUUGACGGCAAGGGGGGCACGCUGGCACACGCAUUCUUCCCGGAAUUAGGAGACACACACUUUGACGACGAGGAGAACUGGAGCUAUGGAGCUGACAGCAGCAGCGUGGACCUGUUCACGGUGGCCAUGCACGAGUUUGGUCACGCCCUUGGCCUCGCCCACUCCUCCUCCAAACACUCUAUCAUGAAGCCCUACUACCAAGGAGCCGUGGGAGACAUUCCCACCUACACGCUCCCUGUUGAGGACAGACUGGGCAUACAGGCACUUUAUGGGUUGAGACGGGACCUGAAUCCACCUUCCUUUGUCGCUCCACCUACACCCAGUCUGCCCCAACUGCCGAGUGCUCCACACUCACUGGCUACAUCUCAUCCAGACCCCGCUGUUUUGGAUCGUUGUCGGGGGGGUUAUGAUGCUAUUGCAAACAUCAGAGGAGAAAUCUUCUUCUUCCGGCGCCAGUACUUCUGGAGAAUGCACCACUCAGGCUCUCUGUCCUCUUUUGCGGCAGCCCUGAUCCACAGCUUCUGGAUCGGUCUUCCUCCAGAAACCGACCGAAUCGAUGCCGUAUAUGAGAGGAACGACGGUCAUAUUGUCUUCUUUAUUGGUAACCAGUACUGGGUUUUCAAAGACACAACAUCCCUUCCUGGGUAUCCUCAACCGCUGACAAAGUGGGGACUGUGGAAUUCUGCAGGAGAGGUUCUGGGAAGAGUUGAUGCUGUAUUUGUGUGGCCACAUAAUGGGAGAACCUAUGUGUUCAGUGGCAGGGAGUACUGGAGGUUUGACGAGGCAAAGACCCACUGGCAACCCGAGGCAGGCUACCCCAAACCCACCUCCAUCUGGGGUGUGCCCUCUGACCCUGAUGAUGUCAUUGGCAUGCAAGAUGGGAAUACUUAUUUUUUCAAGGGCAUGAAUUACUGGACUUUAAAGAAAGGUAGACUGGAGGAAGACACACUUUCACCAAACUCCAUUGCAGCUGAUUGGCUGCAGUGUGAUGAUUUCCUGGCUCCCACCUACAGACCGACGAUGCCGCAAUACAGAGAGGAAGAAUGUGGCUUUAACACAAGCACAGCAGCCUUGGUCCAAGUGUCACUUUGGUCCAUUAUUUCCUCCAUCUACAUUACCUUUGUUCACGUUAUUGCCAUCGUAUGAUGUACUGCAAUUCACUGCA